CCCCCCCGCCUUUCUCCUCCUCACACACGUCUUUUCUCCGGCAGGGCAGCGCGGUAGUUUGCGGCGGAACCGAGCAGCUUUUGGGGGAUGCGGAUUAUGUCCCGUGUGCACGAAUCCGGGGAGAGGAGUUGAAUAAAUAGGUUUCGCGCGGGCUCAGCGGGAGAGAGGAGGAGAGCGGACCGCGCCGACACUUGUUCGUUCCGGAACAGAGAACAUUAUACGUGCGCGUGUUGCUUGCGCGCGCGCGUUACCGUUGUUUCGAGUCGCAGUCUGGAACCCCCCCCUCCCCCUUCUUCUUUUUUUUUUGUUGUUGUUGAAAAAAUUUAGCAGAAGUUACCCGAGUGAAAUUGAUAUAGAACAAGGCGUCAGGUGGUCUGUUGGCAUCGUAUCGGGAACACCGGCGAGGCAAGAACGCAACAGUUUCGAUUCGGUGGCAUUUUCGUUGCCGGUUUUCUCCCGAGAUUUGGGGGAAAAAUGUCGAAACCCGAUUACUCCGGGACAUUUCAUAUGGUUUCCCAAGACAACAUGGACGCCUACCUGGCAGCUUUGGAUAUUAAUUUUGCCUUGAGGAAAAUUGUGUGCCUGUUAAAGCCCACCAAGCAAAUAUCCCACGAGCCUGCCACGGGGGCCAUGAAGAUCCGAACCCUUACCACGUUCAAGAACUUCGACAUGGACUUCACUAUCGGGAAGGAAUUCACCGAGGACCUGGGCCCUGUGGAUGGGCGCGCAUGUCAAACAACGGUCGACUGGGAAGGGGAAAAGCUGGUGUGCGUACAGCGGGGCGAGAAGGAGGGCAGAGGCUGGACACACUGGCUGGAAAACAAUCUCUUACAUCUGGAGAUGAGAGUUCAAGAUGUGGUCGCCAAGCAAGUUUUCAAGAAGGCCGAGUGAAGGAGCUAGAAAGGGGCCACGUGUGAGCUCUUUAUUUAUAAUGGGACAUUCCUCUAGGACUCAGUAUAACGAGUCAUAGUCUGUUUCCCUUUUUUGUGUUGUUGAAACUAUCAAGAAUAUUCGCCUUACAGUGGACAUGUAACGGAUAAAACAAUAAGACCCAUGAAUCGCAUGUUCUCAGACUGAUGUUUCUGUGGAGAGACGUUCAGCUCGGCAUAUCGCUGACCCACGGUUGGCCGAUGGCACUAAACGUCAAAUAGUGAGGGUAACCGUUGCGCAGCGGAGUUAACUUUGUAGACAUUCCCAGCAUAAUUGCGCUGUCCUAGUGUGCGUUUUGACUAAAUUGUUUUCAUCUGUUG